AUGACUGCUGGCAGCACCGACGGUAAAAUAAUGGUCAGAAGAUGUCUAGUGACGUUCAAACCGUUCAGGAUAUUCGUGGUGGGAAUAGGCUUCUUCAGCCUGUGCUUUCUAAUGACCUCUCUGGGGGGGCAGUUCUCAGCCAAGCGACUGGGGGACUCCCCCUUCACCAUCCGCACAGAAGUGCUGGGAGGCAUGGAGUCACGUGGUGUGCUGAGGAAGAUCAGUGACAUGCUGGAGGUGAUUCUGAAGAGGAUGGACAGCCUGUCCAAACUGGACAACACCUCCACCACUGACGCACGGCGCCUGGAUGAGCUCAGCUCUGCUAUCAACAGGUUUCAGCCAGCCGGCCUGGUGGAGAAGAUCCAAGCUAUAGCUCAGAAUGUCUCCAACAUGGCCAUCAAGGUGGAGCAGAUAUUGCAAAACAGUAUGGUGCAAGGAAGAGCAGUAAGAGAUGGGACGUUGAACCAAUGUGAAGUACCAAGAGACCCCCACUUUCCAGAGUGUCCAGGGAAAGUAGAUUGGAUGCGUGCACGUUGGACAUCGGACCCUUGCUAUGCCUUCUACGGUGUCGACGGUUCGGACUGCUCCUUCCUCAUCUACCUGAGCGAGGUGGAGUGGUUCUGCCCCCCGCUGGCCUGGAGGAACCACAGCAGCCCCCCCACCCAGCAUGCACAGCUGGCAAAGGCCCCUAAGAGACAGGCUGCCUUCCGCACGGACCUCUCUGUACUGCUGGACCAGGUCGGGACAGGAAAGGAGUCCCUCAGCUUCAUGAAGCGCAGGAUCCGCCGCCUCGCACAGCAGUGGGCAACAGCCGCCAACCGUCUGGAUGCCAAGCUGGAGCAACGGUGGAGGGACCAGAAGAAGAUCCUGGUCCAUGUGGGCUUCCUGACAGAGGAGUCUGGAGAUGUUUUCAGCCCUAAAGUGCUGAAGGGGGGCCCCCUGGGAGAGAUGGUCCAGUGGGCUGACAUCCUCACCGCCCUCCAUGUUUUGGGACAUAACCUCAAGAUCUCCAUGUCUGUCAAGGAGCUGCAGGGGUUCCUCGGUGUGCCCCCAGGCAGAGGCAGUUGCCCACUGACCGGCCCGCUGCCCUUUGACCUCAUCUACACUGACUACCACGGCCUGCAGCAGAUGAAGCAACACAUGGGCCUUUCUCUCAAGAAACACAAAUGUCACAUUCGUGUGAUCGACACGUUUGGGACGGAGCCAGCUUACAAUCAUGAGGAGUACGCAACGUUGCACGGCUACCGGACCAACUGGGGCUACUGGAACCUCAACGCCCGGCAGUACAUGACCAUGUUCCCUCACACACCAGACAACUCAUUCAUGGGCUUCGUUUCGGAGGAGCUGAAUGAGACAGCGAAGAGGAGCAUCCAGCAGAACAAAGUGAACAACAUGGCUGUCGUGUACGGGAAGGAGGCCAGCAUGUGGAAGGGUAAGGAAGGUUUCCUGCAGAUUCUCCACAGGUACAUGGAGGUCCACGGCACAGUGUAUUACGAGACCCAGAGACCUCCGGAGGUCCCGGCCUUCGUGAAGAACCACGGCCUGCUGCCCCAGCAUGAGCUACAGCAACUGCUGCGCAAGGCCAAGCUCUUCAUUGGGUUUGGUUUUCCCUACGAAGGCCCAGCCCCCCUGGAGGCGAUAGCCAAUGGCUGCAUCUUCCUGCAGCCUAAGUUCCACCCACCUCACAGCUCCCUCAAUCAUGAGUUCUUCAGAGGCAAACCCACGUCGAGAGAGGUGUCCUCCCAGCACCCAUAUGCAGAGCAGUACAUCGGCAGACCUCAUGUCAUGACGGUGGACUUCAACAACUCCCUGGAGUUUGACUCUGCCAUCAGGGAAAUCGUGAGGACCAAGGUCGAGCCAUAUCUGCCUUAUGAGUACACCUGUGAGGGGAUGCUGGAGAGAGUCCAUUCUUACAUACAGCAUCAGGACUUCUGUGCCCCAGAGCCUCCCCUCAUCCCAGCCAACCUCUCCAGACAGGGGUCUGCCGGUGGGAGCAGGAUUACAGGGCCUCUGUUUGUGCCCCUGCCCAAUUCCACAGCCCUUGGCUGGGCGUCCAAUGUGACGGCUCCCCCUGCCUGGCCUCCCCUCAGCUCCCUCAGGCUGCUCGUAUCACAAGAGGGCCAGUCCUGUGUGGAGGCUUGCCAUUCAGCCGGAUUCAUCUGUGAGCCCGCUCACUUCCGCUUCAUCAACAACAAAGAGGCCCUGCACGGGUUGGAGGUGCAGUGCGAGGUGGUCGACUCCGAGAUCAACCACAUCCUUCCCGCCUUCUCGGUGGUACGGCAGGAGUGCGGCCUCCAGCGGGAGCCCCUCCUCUUCAGCUGUGCAGGACACUCCCCCAAAUACAGACGCCUUUGCCCCUGCAGGGACUUCCGCCGUGGCCAGGUGGCGCUGUGCAGAGACUGUCUAUAAUGACGGGACACGGGAAGGACAGACGCAGAAAAAUUGGACACAGAUUGGAGGGGGGGAAAGGGAACCCACAGGUGUAGAGCUGUGGCAAAAUUACCUGAUGGUGCACAGAGGCAGCUUUCCGCCCAAAACAGUAACUGUAGGACGAUGAGGAGCAUGCAUGGAUUUGAAGAGCUGAAAGUAGACCUGAAAUGUCUGGUUGACUGUAAUUGUUGUAACAGCUGUUCGACUGUACCUGGAGAUAAAAAGCAGUAAGACUUCCUAGAGCAGGGCUCCAAUGAUAUCAGGUGGCAUUACAACCAGGGGCAAAUACCUUUAUUACCAACACAAUUUCACAUUAACCCUCCAACCACAGGAUAAUAGUGUCUGCAAGAUGUUUACCGGCGAUGUGAUACAGAACAUUUAAUUUUUGGAGCUGCGCCUCAUCAAAAAUAAGGGGUUUAGGUUGGAAAAUACACACUUCAAGAGGCUUGUGAUUGCAGAGAAAGUCAGCAUUGGGACUAUAGUGUCAUUCCAUGACAGAGACUUCAAAUAUCUCGGCCCAGAGAAGGCAACCUCGGGUCAAUAUCCAAUCUCCUCUCUGCAGUUGGACAAAGGAUGAUGGACAACCAGGUUAUCUCCCUCGCUUUUUCUCCCCUCCUCCAGUGAUGGGCAGAGUCAUUUAUCAGACUGAACCCCAAGUCUGAGGCAACAUCGGUCAAUGCAAUCAUCUCUGGUCAUGAAAAAGAAAAGAGGAGGAGGACAGGGGACAGAGAUAAAGGGUACAAGAUUAUUUUUCAAUAAAUACGCCUUUAGAGCUCUCAACCAGAUUUUUAAAGAGUCCUCUGGGCUUUAUGAUGGAAAAACAAAUCAUGAAAUAAAAAAACAA